AUGACAAGACUGGAACUUCCGGAUCCCGGGGAGAUGUCCGAGAUGGAACUGAAGAUGUCGUAUGGCCUCGGUGAGAGAGUCGAUGAGGAGCGCAAGCGGACAGAAGCUCAGAGACGCCUCGAGGAACGCGACCGGGUCGAAGCUAAGCAGGCCGAAGAAGCUCGGAAGCAGGCCGAAGAAGGCCGGGAGUGCCUUGAGGAGCAGAUCAAUGAGGAACACAGGCAAGUUGAAGCCCAGAACCGGCUCGAAGAGCAACACAUGGAGGCCAAAGCCCAGAAACAGACCGAAGAGAAGCGACUCGAAGAGGAACUCGAGCAAGCUGAAGCUCGGAAGCAGGCCGAAGUCCAGAAACAGGCCGAAGAGAAGCGACUCGAAGAGGAACUCAAGCAAGCUGGAAAAGAGGGAUCCGCCAAUGCCACCAAGCGGGAGCCGAAAGGGAUGAGAAAACGACGCAUCCACGUGGGCGCCAAGGAGGUUGAGGAAGCUUGCCUUCGUGACUGUCAGACAUCAUUGCCAGAGCAAGAGAAGGGGUUGAUGAAAGAAAACUAUACUGCGCCGCUGGAGGACCUCAGGCCACCGCUAGUGGGCACUGGCCCAGAGGGCGCCCACCCACAAGGCGGCAGAGCGCACCCACUGGAGAGUCGCACGGCCCUGUGUAAGAAGAAGGUCAGUACAUGGAAGUCAUUGGUCUCGAGAAGGUUACUCUCAGAACGGCAUACCUCGGAUGCACUGCCACCGCCCACGCGGGAGGCAGCGGCUCCUCAGGCCGAGGACUCUCUCCUAGGCGCUCGAGCUCCGCCAGGAUUUCUCCAGGUGACCGACUAA